AUGGUCGAGGUGCUUCAUGUCGUCGACUCGAUACUGGUCGGUUUAGGCUCGUACAGAUGCCGCACUACCAUUGCCGGUGAACUCAACUCGGCCGAGGGAGGUCCCUUUGGAUUUGAAGUGAACCACAUCCGCCCAUCGCUUCCGAAUCGCUUCCGAACCGCACGCGCCCAUGCUGUCGACACGAGUUCCGCUCAGCACAAGCCCAUUACUAAGUAUUCGCGUUCGUCUCAUCCGUCAAAGAUCGUAUAG